AUGAGACAAGAGUGUCCUCGUAUUCUCUUGAUGCUUCUUACUGAUGAUGUGUCCAAAAAAACUUGGCUAGAUGCCAGUAAUGGUAAUAUCAAUAUUAAUAGUAUCAAUAAUUAUAACAAUGAGAGCAAUAGCAAAGAUUUGGAAGUAAUAAUGAAGAAAAAAGCCGCGAGCAUUGUUUGCCACACGCUGAUAAUAAAUGCAUGGAGACGCAGGCGUGAGGAAGUAAUCGAUCUUAAUGGGAUUAUUGAACAGCUACGUCAGCAAAUAGAUCACUUGCAGUUGCAGAUUGUUGUAUUGAGACGAUUACUGGACACCGAGAAUAGCCGGGUCGGUAAACUUGGCGCCCAAGUUCAUCGCGCUAAAAUGCAGCUUGACAGUAUUACCAAAGAAAAGGAAACUCUUACUAAUGAAAAUAAAAAAUUAAAAAGUGAUUUGAAUUCAAUAAAUCAAGUAACUGAAGAACAAAAAAUUACAAUUGAAAACUAUAAAAAUGAAUUAUUAAGUACCAAAAAUCAGGUAAAGGCUGUUGAUACGCAGAUUAUGAAAGACAGAGAAAAAUUAUUAAAAUUGAGGGAUGAUAAGCAAAUUUUAUUGGACAAGGUACAGGAUAUUGAAAAAAAGAAAAUAGAAGCGGAAAAAUUUUUAUUAGUCAGCGAGGAUCGCGAAAAAGUAUUGAGCUUGCGGAUAAGUAAUCUCGAAAUACAGUUGAGUGAUCGCGAAGCUGCGUUACGUAAGAUUGAAUCUGUUUAUAGAUCUCAGUUGACUGAAAUUCGUGACUUAAGAGAAAAAUUACUGAAACAAAGCCAAGUAUGUGGAUGGAGUAGUAGAGUUUUGCAAAUAGCAGGAAGUGUUGUAAGAGCACCGCAAGUUAUUUUACGUACUCUUUCAUUCUUAGCAUUCGGCGGAAUUCCUUCGCGUCCAUAA